ACCGGAAGUCGCCCGCCCAAUAGCGGCGCGGAAACUAAAACUUUGUUGUUGUUACUAAGCUAGUCUACCUACAAGUAGCUAACGGUAGCCGGUCGACGGCUUCAUUAUCUAUCUCCUUUAAGCACCGUGUCACUCCUAAAAUAACACAUUGAGGUAUCUUCUUCCUUCCAGUAGUCCUCGCUUUGCUUCCAGCAGCAGACAUGAUGACUUCUGUUCUGCCUGAUCCGACACUCGAACGAAACUUUAAGGGCCACAAGGACACCGUGACUGGUGUGGACUUCAGCAGCAACAUGAAGCAGAUUGCAACAAGCUCAACGGACUGCUGUGUGAUGAUCUGGAACAUGAAACCUCAAAGGCGCGCAUAUCGUUUUAACGGCCAUAAAGACGCUGUCACGUCGGUUCAAUUUUCUCCCUCGGGUCACCUCGUAGCCUCCAGUUCCAGAGACAAGACUGUACGCCUUUGGGUGCCCAACAUGAAGGCUGAAUCAACCGUAUUCAAGGCUCACACUGCCACGGUGCGAAGCGUCAACUUUUCCAGCGACGGCCAGUCUUUGGUGACGGCGUCUGAUGACAAGACGGUCAAAGUUUGGACCUUGCACCGGCAAAAGUUCCUCUUCUCUCUCAACCAGCACAUCAACUGGGUCCGCUGUGCCAGGUUUUCUCCAGACAAUCGCUUGAUCAUCUCUUCGAGUGACGAUAAAACUAUUAAAUUGUGGGACAAGAACAGCAGGGAAUGCAUUCACUCUUUUUAUGAACAUGCCGGUUAUGCAAACCAUGUGGAUUUUCAUCCCAGUGGAACAUGCGUGGCUGCAGCGAGCACUGACAACUCAGUCAAGUUGUGGGACAUCAGAUCCCUGAAGAUGCUCCAACAUUAUCAAGUCCACAGUGGUGUGAUGAACAGCUUGUCUUUUCAUCCGUCUGGUAAUUUCCUCCUCACUGCGUCCAAUGAUUCAACAACCAAGAUACUGGACCUUGUUGAGGGAAAACUGUUGUUCACACUUCACGGACACCAGGGUCCUGUAAAUAGUGUGGCCUUUUCCAGAACCGGAGAAUACUUUGCUUCAGGGGGUUCUGAUGAACAGGUGAUGGUGUGGAAGAGCAACUUUGAUGAGUGCAGUGACACGGUCAGGGUGCAGCGGUCCACCUCUUGCCAUCACCAGGUGCCACCCGCCAGCUCAGCAGACUCCGUGCAUUUUAAAUGGCAGACAUAUGCUUACCAAGGCCAGCCACCUGAACCAGCCAAAAGCUCGAGCAGCAGUUCCUCCUCCAGCCACACAAGGGUCCAAGUAACUCCUGAAGAAAGUGUUCCCUCGAGUCUUACCAACACACUUGAGAGCAUAAUGGGUCAACUGAAUAUACUCACGCAGACAGUCUCCAUCUUGGAACAUCGGCUGACGCUGACAGAAGACAAACUGAAGCAGUCUUUACAGGACCAGACGGUGUCUCAAAUUCAAGCGUUUACAGACGAGGCGGACUGGACACCAGCCCCGUACUCAGCUGAUAAAGACCUUGUCCUCGCAGAUGACUCUUAGAGAAGUUUUUUGUGGCAAACAGUGGUGACUUCCAACAGUGUCUGUUCUGCUGAUAAAGUAUCUUGAGUGUGUGUCUGCAGUAGGCGACAUUUUGUACUUGCCUAUGCAACACACGUCUGUUUUUAGCUGUCUCUUUGCAGGCAACAAGGGCAACCGUAAGCUCUUCUUCGUCGAAACACACAGGAAAAUCGGAUUUACCAAACAUUAAAAGCCUAAAGCUAUUGCCUCAUUCAUUGCACUUAGAAAUACUCAUCUUUGAAAUUUACACCCAAAUUUGAACAGUUCAUGUCUGAAUACAAAGGAAAAUGCAUCAAAGUACCUUCAGAACAGGAAUUAAGGCAUUUGAAAAGAAAAUCAACAUUUUCAGACAGCAGAAACAGACUCGUACGGGUUUGGCAUUUAUUUAAACCACAAGAUUUUUCCCUUUAACUUAUCUUAGCGGUUAUUUUUGUAUUUGUUUUUAACUCCUGACUUUUACUCUUACCCCUACUUGAUAAUAAAGAGAAU